AUGUCUUCGCAGAAAAGACAGGUGGAUCCAGCCAAGUCAUUUCUGGCAGGCUCUUUAGCCGGUGCGGCAGAAGCAUGUAUUACGUAUCCGUUCGAAUUUGCCAAGACCAGGCUGCAGCUGGUGGAUAAAGCAUCGAAAGCUACGCGGAAUCCGCUGGUUUUGAUAUAUAAUACUGCCAAGGUUCAGGGCAUUGGAUCGAUAUAUGUAGGAUGCCCGGCGUUUAUCGUUGGGAACACGGCCAAGGCGGGAGUUCGAUUCCUGGGUUUUGAUAUGAUCAAGAACCUUCUGAGGGAUCCUCAAACUGGGGAAUUGAGUGGUCCUCGAGGUGUGAUUGCAGGCCUGGGAGCUGGUCUACUGGAGAGUGUUGUGGCAGUGACGCCAUUUGAAGCCAUCAAGACUGGUUUAAUCGAUGACAAACAGAGUGCCAAUCCUAAGUAUCACAACAAUGGGCGCGGCAUGUUGAGGAAUUACGGUUCUCUGAUCCGUGAUAAAGGAGUGAGAGGUCUAUAUAACGGAGUUCUGCCAGUGUCGAUGAGGCAGGCAGCUAACCAGGCAGUCAGACUGGGAUGUUAUAACAAAAUCAAAAUUAUGGUGCAGGAUUAUACAGGAUCUCCUAAGGAUCAGCCGCUGUCAUCCGGUCUGACGUUCAUCGUCGGUGCCUUUAGCGGUAUCGUCACGGUUUACACGACCAUGCCCCUCGACACAGUCAAGACAAGGAUGCAAAGCCUAAACGCUUCCGAAUACACCUCGACGCUGAACUGUUUUGCCCGGAUCUUCAAGGAAGAGGGAGUGAAAACCUUCUGGAAGGGCACAACACCAAGACUGGGCAGACUCAUUCUGAGUGGUGGUAUCGUUUUCACCAUUUAUGAGAAAGUGCUAGAUGUGCUGGGUUGA